GUCCAAUUCACUUCCUAUAAUACAUCAAUUCCUCCUCCAAAUUUAUUGGUUGAAGUUUCAAUGUCGCAUUCCUCGCCUUCUUCAAAUCUUGAUUUGUCAAUCAAUCGACUUUCACAGAUUGCUCCUCCAUCAACGUUGGCUUCAUUUUUUUCUGUUCCACCACCACAAAUUAUAAAACAACAGCAACAACAACCAAUUCCUGUUGCUUCUACUACUACAACAACAUCAACUGUUAUUCCGUCUUUGCUAAGUUUAAUACAUUCAUCACAAAUUUUGGUUACUUCCAGUCCAUUAAAACAACAAGCUUUGGAACAAAAACAACAACAAUCAACUAUUGUUACUUCUACAUGUAUUCCUUCUUUGUUAAGUUUGCCUCCUCCACAAUUAAUGAUUACUUCUGGAAAUGCUGCUGUUGUCUCUUCAACAUCAACACCACCACUUCAACACCAACAACAACAAGAUUAUCAAAAUAAACAAGAUUAA